CAAGACUGAUGCUGCUGCAUGCACUGAACAGCUCGGUCUAUCACUGAGGCCCGCGUGCAGAUAUGUCUCAUCUGGCCUACCCUAACUUAGCACGUCUCCCCGACUUCCCCGAGCGAGGCCUCAACUACACUGGAAUCCCAGUAGAAGGCUGGGGUACGGGGCUUCUUGUACCUCUAGCCAUCUCCUGUCUCGUGUUCUUGACCGCCGGGCUCCCGAACCGUGCCAGGGGCUGGGAGAUAUGGUGGGCCCUUCUCAACACGGCCGUCAUCCACCCCAUGGACUUUUUUGUAGGGACUCUGGGGGUGGGGCCCAAGUAUCUGGUUGAUGAGUACGCAAUUCUGGACUCAAGAUAUUGGGUUGAGAGGGAUAACACAGUGAUGUGGGUGGCCUACCUGGAGUUUUUUACCAUGGCACCUCUCAGCUACCUCUGGUAUCGCAGUGCAGUUCGAGGCUAUUGGUCGAGGCAUUUCUGGGCUGUACUGUGCAGUUCAUUCCAACAGUUUGGAACCUUCAUGUACUGGGGAACGGAGUGGAGUGAUGGGUUCAUUCACCAACCUGCACUCGAUUGGCCUCCAAGGUUUGACUCUUACUUGAAGCUAAAGUAUUUCUGGUUUGUGUUUGUCUUUCUCAACGGCAUCUGGGUCGUCAUCCCGUUCUACAUCUACUGCCGCACUUACCUGUUCCUCAGCAAAAUCACUAGAAACAAUUGGACUAAGAAAUUACGAUAG